AUGUUUAAUAUUCUAGAAAUGAAUAUUGUUCAUGAUAGAAUUAUUGAAUCAUUAGAAGAGGUUUUAGAAUCACAUUUAAAUCACCUACCAUUCAAUAGAGAGUUGGAUGAUGUUCCAACAAGAAAGGUUCGUAAACAAAUUGUCUAUGAAUUAGUGGAAAUAGUUUACAGAAAAAUAACACUUGAUGGGAUUUGGGUUCCAAAACUCAUGAUUAGAGUUGAUGCUGUAUUCUACCUUAAGUUAUAUUUUGGUGAAUUAGAAUGA